GCGAAUACUUGCUUAAUGGAUUUUGAAUCCCUAUAUAAUAAGAUUUAUCAACAUCUUGGUCGUUCCCUACUAUAUUUCUUCUCAAUCUCACCACCCAACAACCUCCACCACGAACAACAAUCAGUUCCUAGUACUUUCCAGAACAUCCUCACCCAACAAAGUCCAUUAUCACAAAAAGACAAUAAUAAUAACCACCAAAAUGCCUUCCCCCCACACAUCCAUCCUCCCCCUCUUCACCAGAGCCACCGCAGCCCCAACAUGCCGCAUCACCACCCAAGGCGGCGGCUUCCUCGCCGCGAGAAUGCUCUCUACGACGACCGUUAGGGCGAACAAGGGUCCCGUGGAGACGACCAAGGAGUCGCUGCAUAAGGCGGACCGGACUAUUUCGGAUAAAGUGCUUAAGGGCAUGGAUAAGGGUCCCGCCGAAAAACUCAAAUCCAUGACCGGACAGGAAGCCCAAAACGUCAAAGGCAAGGUCGAAGGCGAAGCCGAUAAGCUGAAGAACCAAGCCUACCAAGCCUCUGGCAAGACAGAGGGCCUGAAAGACCAGGCGCAGGGCAAGGCAGAGGGACUGAAGGACCAGGCGCAGGGGAAGGCGGAGGAAUUGGGCGGAAAGGCCAAGAGCGAGGCGAGCGAGCUUAAGGGGGAUGCGGAGAAGCUGAAGGGGCAGGCGAAGGGGAAGACGGAGGAGUUGAAGGGGGAGGCCAAGGAGAAGGUGGGGGGGUUUUAAAAUAACUUCUCUGGUAGGGGAGGGCAUGUCAUAAUAUGAACUUCUAUGUUAAUGUACAAGUAUAAAUCUCAAAAUAUGUUCAUUGCUUUCAG